AUGCAGUACUUGUUACAAUACCGCGAACCUCAGUUCAAGUGCAAUUACUGCGGCGCCAACGAGACAUACCAACACUUCCUGUUCGAAUGUCGGUUUAGCCAAGAAGUUUGGACUCCAUUUGGCUCGAUCCAUCGCCUCUUGUCUUGCGCUGUACCGGUCAAUGCGAAGGAACUGGUCUUCGACGUACCCAAGCCCCGGUAUGGCAUUUGGCUGCAACGUAACGAUCGCACGUUUCGACCCGACCUCCCAAACAAGACCUCAAUGGAACUCGCCGUCCAAGUAGCCCACUUGAUCAAGCUGCACCUCAGCCAGCUACUGCAGGACCUACCGAUCAAGAAAAGCUACUCCAAGGUCUUCAACACGCUUCGAGUCCUCAGCACUGACGUUUGUCUACGUCAAUAUCUUGUGCCCAAUGCAAUCACAGACUCAUAA